GUUGCAGCGAAGUGAUAUGGUUAGAGCGCGUGUGGCGCACACCCCAAUAACCAGAAGAGAAAAACAUAAGAGAAGCCGCUCUAACUGUUUUGGUCUUACUCGCUCACUCCAACUCCGCACAUUGUAUGGUCUGAAAGAAACCAAUGGCUACUUCCAAGAUAGGACUCCGAGUCCCGACUCACCGAGUCACCACCGUCGCCACUCUCUCGUCCGUCGCAUUUUCUCCGCCGCCGCAUCGUCUCUUCCUCUUCAACUCGCGACGCCCCCUCCGCACUCGCCCCCUCCGAGUCGCCGCCUCCUCCUCCGUGGCCUCGCCAGGAAAAGGGGUUGAGAAUGUGGUAAUUAUAGGUUCGGGCCCUGCAGGAUACACGGCUGCAAUAUAUGCAGCGCGUGCCAAUUUGAAACCUCUCGUGUUUGAGGGGUACCAAGCUGGUGGUGUCCCUGGGGGACAGUUGAUGACUACAACUGAAGUGGAGAAUUUUCCAGGAUUUCCAGAUGGCAUAACUGGACCUGAUCUGAUGGACAGGAUGCGACGGCAAGCUGAGCGCUGGGGAGCAGAAUUGUAUCAGGAAGAUGUUGAAGCUAUUGAUGUGAAAAGUAGUCCUUUUACUGUACAAAGUAGUGAACGUAAGGUUAAGUCCCAUACUGUCAUUUUUGCUACCGGAGCUACUGCAAAACGACUAAGGCUACCCCGAGAAGAAGAAUUUUGGAGCCGAGGAAUUAGUGCUUGUGCAAUAUGUGAUGGAGCAUCCCCUCUAUUUAAGGGUCAAGUUCUUGCUGUUAUUGGAGGGGGCGAUACGGCUACAGAAGAAGCAUUAUACCUGACAAAAUAUGCUCGCCAUGUGCACUUACUUGUACGUCGGGACCAACUCAGGGCUUCCAAAGCUAUGCAAGAUAGAGUGUUUGACAAUCCCAAUGUCACUGUGCACUUCAGUACAGAGGCUGUGGACCUUGUAAGCAACACAAAAGGACAGAUGUCUGGCAUUUUAGUUCGAAAUGUUGAUAAUGGGGAGGAAUCCGUGCUUGAGGCAAAAGGUCUAUUUUAUGGCAUAGGGCAUUCACCAAAUACCCAACUGUUAAAAGGACAAGUUGAACUUGACCCCUCUGGCUAUGUACAAGUUCAGGAGGGCACUGCAAGAACCUCAGUUGAAGGUGUAUUUGCUGCUGGAGAUGUGCAGGACCACGAAUGGAGGCAAGCCAUAACUGCUGCUGGAUCUGGAUGCAUUGCUGCUUUAUCAGUUGAGAGAUAUCUUGUGAGCAACAAUCUUCUUAUUGAAUUCCAUCAGCCCAAAACUGAAGAGGUUAAGAAGGAACUAACAGACAGGGAUGUUCAAGAGGGCUUUGACAUUACACUAACAAAGCAUAAGGGUCAGUAUGCUCUACGAAAAUUGUACCACGAGAGUCCAAGGCUUAUAUGUGUAUUAUAUACAUCACCAACGUGCGGUCCAUGUAGGACUCUGAAGCCAAUCCUUAGUAAGGUGAUCGAUGAAUUUGAUCAGAAUGUACAUUUUGUUGAAAUUGAUAUAGAGGAAGAUCCAGAAAUAGCAGAAGCGGCUGGAAUAAUGGGUACUCCAUGUGUGCAGUAUUUUAAAAACAAGGAGAUGCUCAAGACUGUCUCAGGAGUCAAAAUGAAGAGAGAAUACAGAGAAUUCAUUGACGCAAAUAAAUAGAAGUAUUUAGAAACAUUCAAGGGUGACACUCGAAUUGUGUGAUUCAAUUUUGUUUUCCAUUUUAGCCAGCUGAAUAGCGCUGUCAAUUUUGACAACUAUUCCUUGAACUUAAUAGCAACUUUAUAGAUUGUACAUGUAGAGCUACCAGUCACUAUUAUUUUGAUUGUUAAAUAUUACAUGUUUCUUAUUUAAAUUCAGCAAGUCUCAACUACGAACUUCUCGUAGACAACAUUGUGGUGGGGAAAAUGUAACCCUCAUCCAAGCUCAAAUGUCUUCUUAUUUAUUAUUUUUGGAUAUUCGAAUUGAUAAGAUUCUAUCAAAUUUAAUGUAUCCUAUCAUGCAUUUGUUUAUUAUCAUGACAGUAUAUGUCAGCAUAGACUGAUACCUGACCUCACGUUAAAUAAGAUUUUCUACCUAUAUGGUC